ACACCUCCAGUAUCUCAGUCGGGCGAUUAUAGCUCUUGUCGGAAGGUUCGGUUAGUGGCAAAAUUAUCAGGUUGUAACCGCGCUAGCUGUUCCAGUUGUCGUUUGAUGUAGAACUUUAAAAUGGGAAGUAUUUUUGUUUACUAAAGAAGACAUACGAAUCGUAGCCGACUCUGCGUUACAUCUUUAUUUUGUAUUUUGACUUUGCAUUAUAAUAAACAGUGGUAGCUCAGUUCUGAAAGUGUUUGAUUGGUGUAACUGUGAAGAGGAAGUAACAUAUUAAGGUUAACUUUUGUGAUUUCAGUAUGUCAGAUAUUGGCGACAGUUCGAAUAUGGCAGCUACCAGUUUCAAAGCCCAAUUCAAGGCUUUCUCAAAAUUUGGAGACACCAAGUCAGAUGGACGAUAUAUCACCCUUACUCAGAGUGAUAAGUGGAUGAAGCAAGCUAAGGUUGUCGAUGGCAAGAAAAUAACCACCACUGAUACCGGCAUCUACUUCAAGAAAUUCAAACAACAAAAGUUGGGUGCUGACGACUACGACAAGUUUCUCGAGGACAUGGCCAAGAACAAGAAAAUCGACCUGGAGGAAAUUAAAUCCAAAAUGGCUUCUUGCGGAUGUCCAGGGCUUACAGGUGUCCCGAGCGGAGGGAAGUCUUCAGCUGUGGAUCGCCUUACAGAUACCACCCGAUAUACCGGCGCCCAUAAACAACGUUUCGAUGAGAGCGGCAAGGGCAAAGGGUUAUCUGGUCGCAAAGACGUCCCUGACAGUUCAGGAUACGUGCAGGGUUACCAAAAUAAGGAUUCCUACAGCAAGAAUCAUUAGCGAUUGUGGGAUGUUGGUGCCGUUUCCUUCGUGUUUUGAUCUUUAAGACUGUCUCCUUUCAAUGCGACUUUAUAAACCUUGCACAAACUUCAAUGUUGUGUUUUGUAUUAUAUUAUUGUGUAGGCCUAUUUAUAUUUCAAUUGUGACGGUUGAUGCGUUUGUUUUUUUCAAAAUAAUCUUGAUAAGCUCGAUAUUUUUGCAUUAAAUAUACGCAUAAUUUAGAGGGGCGUGUACAAAUGAUUUAGACUAAGCUGAAUUAUGUGAUCCUUGAUUGUGGUGGCUCCCAGGUUACAUUUCGGCCCGUUCCACAUAUUCUCCCUGGAGGUCGAUGCACCGUUGCCAUCUCUCCGGCAAUUUCCGUUUUGCCUCACGAAAUUAUUGUUUGGGGGUGUCUCGUACCCACUCCCUGACAGCAUCAUGUAAGGGGCUGGGGUUCACCGUGCUCCCACACCCGCCCUAUUCCCCCGACCUGCCCUCUUCCGUAAGAUGAAGAAUCCCCUGCGUGGUCACCGAUUCCCGAUAGUGACGCCUUACAUGAUGCUGUCAGGGAGUGGGUACGAGACACCCCCAAACAAUAAUUUCGUGAGGCAAUACGGAAAUUGCCAGAGAGAUGGCAAUGUGGAACGGGCCGAAGUAUAACCUGGGGCCACCGCCACCAAGAAUCACAUAAUUCAGGUUAGUCUAAAUCAUUUGUAUAUGCCCCUUUUCAUUCAUAGUUGAAAAAGGCAGGUGGCGGAGAAGAAUCAAAAUACGUACACCACAGAUACAGCAGUGGAAGAAAUAGGAUAUUAUCAAACGCAAUAAAAGAAAUAAGCGAAAAUAAUAAUAAUAAUAAUUUGUGUUCCUUGAAGAUUGCCUUUAACUUUUAACGUGGAAAACAAAAUCCACUUAAAAAUAUUACGGUACAAAUGUCACUUUUAACUUCCUUAUUGUCAACUUCACCAAGCUGUUCUUUCCAGAUUACGUAACUGCCGUUUCAUUUUUACAGUACUUGUAAGUGUAAACAGUAACGCUGAUUAUUGCAUAAUAUCUGUAACUUUGUGUAAAAUAAUUGUAAAAUCAUAUUGAAGCAUUAUUAUAGCUAUUUGUGUACACUUUGCUAUUUUGUGAGAGGUAUGAAGUAAAAAAAAUGAAAUGUAUAAAAAAGGAACAAAUAAAUAUCGCAGCAAACACAAUAUUAUGUCAGUGAGGAGGGUCGGCGCAAGACUGUGCUGCCUCAGACGACGAGAAAUUCCACGAAAUUUCCAAACACUUAAUUCUUAAAGAAGAGCCAAAGUGCGAAGUCGCCUGGUCACAGCAAUUGUGAUCUUGUCGUUGAACUGAAAGCAGUAUUCGGUGCACGGGUGUGAAUUAUUUUCUUAAUCGCCCUUCCUCAGUCUCAUAAUGUGAGAGCAACAGAAAUUA